AUGGUCGAAACCGAUAGCCUAAGUUUUAUCUUGUCUUGCUGUUCCAUACCAUUUUACAUCAGUGGACUCAUCGGAAAUGUGUUGAUCAUUCGAAUCGUACACAAAACAAGGGAGAUGCACACCCCUACAAAUUAUCUUUUAGCUAGCAUGGUCGUUAGCGAUGUCUUCACCAUAAUGAUGUUUGCAGCUCACGGGUUUGCCUUCAGUCAAUAUGUAAAUGAUGAAAAUUUCGUGCACUACUUGGUUUGCAAGGCAUCGGCCCUCAUUACAACCUUCGCAAUAGUUUCUUCCAUUACUCUUACUGUGCUAGCCGUAGAAAGAUACAACGCUUUGCCUAAGCCUUUAAGAACGGGAUUACAAUUAAGUGAAGACAAUAUAAAAAAGGCCAUCGCUCUGAUUUGGGUGACAAGUGCUGGACAAGUGUUUUUGUAUCCAUCCCGAAUGCCUUCUUUCAAGAAUUCGAUCGAAGCAAUCGCGUUCUCUCAGGAUGUGUUGGUCGAGGGGAUUCAAAUAUCAAUCUAGCGUGGAAGACUUACUUGAUUGUAUUUGACGCCCUUUUUUUGAUACAAUCGGUUGUCAUGGUAUUUUGCUAUGGUUCCUUGACAGGAAAAAAGGCGGUGGUGGUAUUUUGGCUCUCAUCUCCACCGUAGUCCCAUGUAGGAGAUUAAAACCUGAUCGUCACUACCAUUGUCUAGAGCCAAUUGUGCUGGAUGUGAAAAUUGGGAAGAUAAACAUGAUAAUAAUUGGUCUUUACCGACCACCUAGGCCAUUAGUGGGAGCAUACCAGCAAUCGCUAGAGGAAGAACUGAACCACAUUUGUAGUUGGGCGUCGCUUCAAAGAGAAGCAGUGACUGUUAUUGGUGACCUUAACCUAGAUAGGCUAAGGCCUCAGAGAAAGGAGGGCAAAUUACUCCUGGACCUUGAAAUGGUGCAGGGCUUUGAAUGUCUUAUAAAGCAGUCAACUAGAUUGGAUAGAAACGGAACAACAACAACAGCCACGCUUAUCGAUGUACUGCUGACCAACCAACCAGACCUGUUCAUUGGAGGAGGAGUUUACGACCCUGCUCUAAGUGAUCAUAUGCUCAUCUAUGGUAUAAUGAAAGAAAAAGCGAGGAAACAUUCACGUAGAAUCAUCCAUUUCAGGAGUUACAAAAAUUUUGAUCCGGUGAAAUAUGAUAACCUACUAACGACGGCACCUUGGCAUGUCGGAAACUUGUUUGAUGAUGUUGAGGACAAGGUGUAUUAUUGGAAUACAAUCAUGCAAGACAUUAUGGACGAAUGCUUCCCUCAGAAAAAGAAGCGAGUUAGGGAUAAAGACAUACCCUAUAUGACGACCGCAUGGAAAAAUGCCAUCCGAGCAAAGAGAAGAGCUUUUAAGAAGUAUCUAAAUGAAAGGACACAACAAAACUGGGAAGAGAAAGUGAAAUGUCGAAAUGAUUCAACCAGACAAAGAAGAAUUGCUGUACGGCAAUACUGGAAGAAAAAGAUGUCUGACCUUAAAGAAAACCCAAGAACGUUCUUUGAAACUUUUAAACCGUUUCUUGGAUCCAAGAAAGGGGUCUUGGGAACUGAUAGUAACUUAAAAGUUGACGGCAAGAUCAUUAGCAACCAAGAGACUGUUGCGGAAAUAUUAGCAGGUCACUUUGCUACGAUAGCAAGCGAUAUUGGAGAUGUCAACUUAAGAAACUCCUCGGAGAAUGACUUAAAUAAUCAUCCAAGUGUCUUGCAAAUACAAAUGGCGAGUAGUUCAGAACCAAUGAUCGAGUCCAAUCCAGGGGGGAAUGGACGCCCGUCUUUAAGAAAGAGGAUCCACAAGAUUGUCCGAACUAUCGACCAAUAACUGUCCUUCCAGUGGUUGGUAAGGUGUUCGAGCAGCUACUUAGCGACCAGAUCUCUAAGCAGUUUGACAGCUGUCUGGAUCCCCGAAUUACGGCAUAUCGUAAACGCCACAGUUGUGAAACAACAUUGAUACGUCUUAUUGAAGCGUGGAAAUCAGCACGUGAUAACCAGCAAAUUGUUAAAAUCUUAUCUACCGACUUGAGUAAGGCUUUUGAUUCGCUUCAUCCGUCCUUAAUGAUCAGCAAAUUAAAAGCGUAUGGUUUUAAUGACGAACUAUGUGAUCUACUUCGAUCUUACCUGUGUAAUCGACUGAACCGAGUGAAACUGGGAGCUUUCAGAAGUGAAUGGAAGCGUACAGAUAGGGGUCGUCCACAAGGAUCGGCCCUUGGCCCAUUGUUAUGGAACAUCUUUCAAAACGAUCUGACAUACGUGAUUUAUUAAUAUUAUUUAUUUAUUUAUUAAAUUAACUCUGUAUAAAUCAGCCAUAUUGCCUUACUUAACCUAUUGCCACCUGACGUGGCAUUUCUGUAGUGCUACCGACAAAAGAAAGUUUGAACGGGUCCAAGAAAGAGCACUACGCGCAGUUUUCCUAGAUAAGCAAUCAAGCUACCAAGCAUUGCUGGACAAAAGUGACCUAACGACUCUUCAGAACAGAAGACUGCAAGAUAUUGCUAUCCUUAUGUAUAAGGUGAAACACAAACUAUGCCCCAUUAAAAUAUCCGAGCUAUUUCACGCGCAUUGCUCACCCUACAACUUGAGGACGGCAGAGUUCGCCAUUCCCAGAUUUAGGACCAAUAAAUAUGGUAAACACUCGCUCACCUAUCGGGGACCAAAGUUGUGGAAUAAGCUACCAAGCGAAAUCAGAACUCUCCCAUCAUUAUUUAGUUUCAAAAAUUGUAUUCGUAAAUUUGAUCUAGGUGUAAUGAUAGACGACGACAAUUGCUCCAAUUGCAUCCUUUGUAAUUCUUAAUCUUUUUAAAUCAAUUAUUUCAUUAGUUGAUAGUUAGUAGGUUUUUAACUAUAUUAUAUUGUUAGGUAACUAUAUUAUAUUGUUAGGUGUCCCUAAUUAGUAGAGGGGUUCUUAACCCCAUCGGCUAGACAUUCCAAGACACAUUAAUAAAGUUUUAUGUAUAUGUAUGAUCAGAGGUCUCUACUUUACCAACGCAGUUUGCCAAGAAACUGAAACCACUGAUGGCGAGAGAAGCUCGGAGAAGAAGAAACUUGUUAUCACAUUCCUUCUAGCGACUGUCGGGUUUUUGAUCGGUUAUGUACAUUCCAUGGCGUUCUAUACAGUUGUUACAUUUCAAACCAACGCGAAUGUAGAUAUCAACCUGUACUCUGAUCUCGAGAAUGGGUUUCAGUUUUUGUUUGGCUACAGUCUAUGUUUAAAUCCACUCGUUUACGCUUUUCGAAGUGCCCAUUUUAAAGAGGGAUUCAGACGCGUUCUAACAACUUGUUGGAAGCCAACUCCACAGGAUGACAACGUUCAGUGUUUCAGAUACUUUUUUCUUUUGAUGUCCCAACAUGAAGUCGAAGAAAAGCUGAGGUCCGAGAACUUUGCAGCAACACAAACAAUAGAAUUUGACAAUGCUGAAUAA